AUGAACACGAUGAUGGCCCCCAACUUGAGCCGCGCGGACGCGCACGCGAUCGCGAGGCGCAACGAGGCGCCCAAGCAGCAGCUGCCUCUCCGACGAGGCCACUUCGGCCGCGUGCGCAUGACCCGGGACGACAUGCACAAGUACGUGGCCACAGCCAAGAGUCUGCUGGAUGACGCGUUGAACAAGGCAGGGGAGGACCGACAGGCGGGCAACGCCAGCCUCCGCACGUGGAAGCAGCUCGGCUCGCACGCCGGAUUCAAGCGCUGUACCAAGUUCGGGGACAACGGCAGGGACCUGCACUACCGUCUGCAGGGCACGGUGCGCGCGUCGCUCAACGACCUCAUGGGCAUCAUGUAUGCCGACUCGACGGCGCAGGUGGUCGAGCGCCGCGAGAUGCUGUACCACGACAGCCUGGACGCGCAGACGCUGUGCGUGCUCAAGGAGCGCAGCGCCGAGAACAUGCAGGAGCACAUUUCCAUCCGCUGGGAGGCCAUCAACCUGAGCAACAACAGCCCCAUCUACCAGCGGGACAUGUGCUUCCUCGAGUACACGGGCGUGACCUCGGACGCGGACGGGAUCCCCGUCGGUUUCAUGAUCAAGCACUCGGUGGACCGCAAGGAGUGCGUCUCGCUCAAGGAGUCCCACGGUCUGGCGCGUCUUGACUUAACGGAAGUUGUCCUCCUGAGGCCGACGCAGGAGGCCAGCCACACGGAGCUCAUCAUGGACGGAGUGGUACGACACCCCGAAAACCUGCCCGGGUGGCUCGUGAGCUCCUUCCUGGGUAACGUGGCGACGAUGCUGAGCAAGCUGCCGAUCAUUGUGCAGGAGCGGUUGCUGGCCAGGCUGCCCAUGAUCAGCGACUGGCAGUUCGUGCCGCACUCGUCGCGCAAGAACUGCCAGGUGUGUAUGAGCAAGUUCAGCAUGCUGUCCAAGAAGAUCAACUGCCGCAGCUGCGGCGAGGUGGCGUGCAAGUCCUGCAUCGUGACGCGGACCGUGGGCGAGACGACCAAGUUCUGCACCAAGUGCAUCCUCAUGGUGUCGAGCCAGAGCGAAGCCAUCCCGAUGUCCGAGUACGGCUCGGCCUCCUUCAUUACAUCCUCGUCCUCCGAUCGCAGUCGCAGUCGCCGCGACUCGGAGACCUCGGUAUCAACGACGUCCUCGAUGCACGGCAAGGGCGGAGCUCUGGUGGUUCCUAGGAUGCGCGUCGAUAUGAAGCUUCUAGAGGACGCCAAGGCCAGCCGCAACAACUGCAGCGUCUCGAGCACCGCCAGCGAGACGAGCUUCAGCAGCUCCAACUCCAUCAGCAUGGACCGCCGCAGCAGCGACGCACCCCGUUAUGGCUCACUGGAUGAGGAGAUUGUCACUGUGGACACCACGGAGAUGACGCGCUCCAACCGGAGUAUGCCGCCGACGCUGGUCAGCGCGAAUGGCCAGCCGGUGCCUACUGUCGAGGCUGUGGAGGACUCGAUCGCGCACCAGCGGUUCCUCCUGCAGGAGAUGCUGUCCCAGGCGAAGACCUACCAGCAGCAGUCACGGGCCUAA